AUGUGCAAGUCACAUAUUACAGUUAGUGCUGAGACUAGUGCAGUUAAUGUUGUAUUAAAUGGAUCACUUGGAAUUGCUGUUGCUGAAGGAGUAGAAGCAGAAAUGAAAUUAGCACCAAUUGGAGUUGUUGCUAAAGCACAAAUGCAUCCACACGUGGAUCCAAAAGCAUUUGUAGAACGUAUAUUAAAAUUAAAAGAAGGAAAAAAGUUAGCAGUUAACACACCAGCAAUUUAUAUUAAAUGGAACUAUAAAGCAGAAGAAUUUUCAUUACCAAUAACAUUUACAUGUUGGCCAGCAGAAGCACAAAAUGGAUUAACAUUGUCAAUGUCAUAUGAAGCAACACAAGAAUUGAAAGAUGUUGUUGUUGAAAUACCGAAUCUUGGACCAAUUACUGUAAUUAGUAUUGAUGGUAAUUUAGAAGUUACUGAUAAAAUACAAUGGAUUAUUGGAGAUAUUAGUGAUGGAAGUAAUGGUUCAUUAGAAAUUGAAAUUUCUGGAGAAGGAUUGGAAACAUCAAGACUCUUCCCUAUUUCUGUUGAAUAUCUUCAUGAACACACUCUUACUGGAAAUGAGGUUGUAGAAGUAAUUUCAAAUGGUCAAUCAAUAGAAUUUGAAAAAGAAGUUAUGUUGAAUGCAACAUAUCAAAUAAUACCUUAA